UCCACAUCCACAUGCAGGAGGACACAUUGGUGAGUGGGUGUGACCACGCUGGAAGCUGAGCUCAGUUCUACCUGCACUACAUAUAUGUGCUCUGUCAGAGAGAACUGCACACCUGCACAUGUCCGAGGUCAACAUCUUAUCUGAACACACUUUGGCUUUGAAGCAGGAUCCACAUCUACAGGUGAACAUCACGAUGCUCCGCUGCGUCUCAUCUGAUCUGGCAGUGCUGCUGUUGCCUAUGCUUCUGGUGGGGUUGCUAAUGCCUAUUGGCUGGAGUUUCCCAGCCCUGACUCCUGGCUGCCACCUUUACCCAUUCAACGUGACCAUACGGACGGACAAGCGAGGGACCUGUCGAGGAACUCAGCUGGUGUACGCGUGCGUGGGCUACUGUGAGUCCAGCGCGUUCCCCUCGCGCUACUCUGUGCAGCUGGCCUCCAACUUCACCCGCAACAUGACGUCUGCUUCCCGCUGCUGCACCAUUAGCAAGGAUGCCAAGAUCAAAGUUCGUCUGCACUGUCCUCAAGGCCGUCAUCAUGAUGAUAUCGAGAUCUUGACUGCGCGUGCCUGUCGGUGCAACAUGUGCCACAAAUCCCGUUACUGAGAUCCCACGUAAAGAACGCGUCACUCAUGCUGUACUUGACAACUAACACUGGUGUGUCAAAUAUGCAUUUUUUUUUUUCAUUUGACUUAUAGUUCGGGAUCAGUAGGAUUUUAAGAAAUACUUGAAUUCAGCCAGGAUACAUUGACUUGAUUAAAAGUGACAGUAAAAUCUUUAGUAUUUUUU